AUGAAUUCCAUACUAUUUUGGAAUUGUAGAGGAGCUAAAAAAGUGAAAGCUUCUCUCUACCUCAAGGAGGUAGUAAAAAAUCAAAUUGUUUUGUUUGUUGGGCUUUUGGAGACUAAAUUAGUAUCCAUUGAUACUAAGAAUGUGGAAUCUUUAAUUGGCAUAGGAUGGAAUUUCAACUAUAAACCGUCUAAUGGGCUAUCAGGAGGCAUCCUUGUUUUGUGGAGAAGCAACCAAGUCAACUUCAAGUUAAUUGAGUCUUCAUCUCAAUACAUCAUUGGGGACUUGGAUAUCCUUAAUAAAGGGACAUGGAGAGUUGCUACUAUUUAUGGCAGCACUAAUGUGAUCAGGAGAAGAGGUUUAUGGAAUGGAUUGAAUAAACAUAUCACUAAAGGUUUACCCUUGGUGAUAGGUGGAGACUAUAAUUGUAUUGUGGCUAAAGAAGAUAAGAUUGGAGGUAGGAAAUUCUCUUUUUCAUUGGGGCCAAGAGAGAUGAAUUAUUUCAUUACUUCCAAUGACAUCCAUGAGCUCAAGUUUACUGGUCCUAAGAUGACUUGGAGUAACAACAAGAAAGGUUUAGAAAGGAUAAUGGAAAGAUUGGAUCGAGUAUUAGUUAAUGCUAAAGUAGUUAACAGCAUUCAAAAGUUGUUUGUGAAACACCUUCCAAGAAUUGCAUCUGAUCACUGUCCAAUAGUCCUGGAAUUAUCUGAAUUUCCUUCUAAUAAUAGAAACUUCAUCAAAUUUGAAGAGGUAUGGGCUUCUUACCCUGCAUCUUUUGGCAUAGUUAGAAAGGCAUGGAUGAGGAGAGACUCGGGGAACCCAUCAGAAAUUCUAAAUUACAAAUUCAAAAGAGCUCUUAAAUCCUUAUUCUUUUGGAAUAAGGCUAAGCACAAAGAUCUGAACCAGAUGAAGGAUUUGCUCAAGACAGAAAUUCUCAAUCUUCAAACCAAAGAGGCCGAAUAUGGAAUGCUUUCAGAGGAAGAAGGUUUCCUUCUUAAAUCAAAGAUUAAUGAGCUUAAUUCUACUCUAGCACGGCUAAAUUAUUGGUGGAAACAACGAUCCAAAAUCAAAUUGAUUGGUGAAGGAGAUCAAAAUACAAAGUUCUUUCAUUCUAUGGCGAGUGCAAGGAGGAACAAUAAUCAAAUUCUAAACUUAAAGGAUGAGAAUGGAAUUAUGGUGGAUAAUCAGAACAAAAUUGAAGACAUAUUGGUUCAGUUUUUUAAAGAAAAAUGCUAUAAAAAGAAGUGCAAUCUGGAAGGAUGGCCGGACAACAAAUCUGUGCUGAACGAUGAAGAUAAGGAGCAAUUAAGUAAAGAAUUUUGUUUUGAAGAAGUUGAAACAGCAGUCAAAGAAUCAUCAGGAGGUACAUCUCCAGGAAUUGAUGGUAUCUCCUACUCCUUUCUUAAAAAUUAUUGGGGUAUUAUCAAGAAUGAAGUCUGGGAAGCUUUGAAGAACUUUUUUGAAAAUGCUGUUAUGGACAAGGAUUGGAAAAAGACUUUGAUUGUUUUGAUUCCCAAAACUAACAAUCCUAUCUCUGCUAAUAAUUAUAGGCCAAUAAGUCUUUGCCGAAAAGUAAACAUUAGCAAAUCAGGAAUGCUAUUUGGCAAAGCAAUUUCUAGAUCAAAGAGAAGGAAAAUUAAAAAUAUCUUGAAGUUCAAAGAAAUGAAGGAAUUCAAUUAUUUGGGAAUAAAACUGGCUUUAAAAAGGAUGUCUAAAUCAGAUUUUCAAUUCAUACUGGAGAAGACAUUGAAGAUGUUUAAUAACUGGGGUACUAGAUUCAUCUCUUUGGCGGGAAGAAUUACACUGGUAAAACAUGUAAUUCUAUCUAUUCCUACAUAUCAUACCACUGUUUCAUUAGUUCCUAAAGCUAUUCUUCAAGAAGUGGAGAAAAUGUGUCGGAAUUUCAUCUGGGAUAAAUCAAAUGUAAACCACGGGUUGCAUUAUGUUGGCUGGAAGAAGCUUUGUGAGCCAAUAGAGAUGGGAGGAAGAGGCAUUCAUUCUUGUUUGAAUAAAAUGGGUCCUCUUAGAGCUAAACUUACUUGGAAAUACUUGAAGGAGAAAGAUUCAUUGUUACACAAAUUUCUAUUUCUCAAGUAUGGUUCUUGUUGGGAUAAUGUAAACAUAUUCAAGUCAAAUUCUACAGCCUGGAAAAUAAUCAAAAACGGUGGUAUUUCAUUGAGGAGCAUUGUUAGAUGGACGCAUUUCUAA